AUGUAUUUGAAAAAUGUUUAUAUUUACAUUUCUUCAUGUUUCAUUUUAUUUGAUUUAUGUUUUUCAUUUCAUCUUUUAAAGAUGAAGUACAAGAAUCAUAUGAACAAUAUGAAAAGUGUUACAUUUUUUUUGAGGAGUCCUCAAAUAUAUAGGAAAAGAUUUAAAAGAUCGAGAAUAAAAAAUGUUUCUUUUAAAAAAAAACAAAAAAAGCCUCUCUUUCUUUUUGAGAAUUUGAAGAAGGGCUUUUCUUUCUUAGGGUUUUGGAGAAACCAAUAUGAUCAAAAAUAUAUUGAUGAUGUUAUAUCCAACAUAAAUAAUUUAACAAGAAUUAAACAGGUCACACACAAAAAAAAAAGCAACGAAUUUACAAAAGAGAAUAUUAAACAAAUUUUAUUACAUUGCGUAUUUUCAAAAAUUGAUUUUAAAAUAAUAAACAAUUUAUCGUAUAUAAUUAAACAUUUUCAAAUGAGCAACAUUACGGUGCACUCUAUAUUAAACCAAAUAAGUGAGAAAGUAAAAGAGAAAAAAGAUGCGGAAAAUUAUUUGGCGUUACAUUUAUUUCUUUUGAAGGACGAAAAUAUAACGCUGUUUUCGAUGAUGCAUAUAAUGGAUUUCUUUAAGAGCAAGCAAAAAGUUAUAGAAUGCAUAAGAGAUAUCAAGAAAAGGAUUUAUGAAGAAUGUGUAGGAGAUUUGAUAAGAAAAAAAAUCGAAAGAUACAAUUUAUAUUGUGAAAAGAAAAAGAUAAAAUUUCAUAUGAAAGAUGCAAUAAAAAAAAUGGAGAUCAAUAUGAAAGAUGAUGAUUUAUAUUUCAAUUAUCAUUAUGACGAAUUAUUAAGAUGUUUUACUAUGAAGUUAAAUAUAGAAAGAAAUAAUAAAAAUAUAAUAAGAAGUAAUUAUGAUAAUAUAAAUAAUGAUAUAAGUAUUGAUAAAGAUAUGUAUAUGAAUAAUCCUAUAGAUGUUAAUAUAAACAAUAUAUCCUUAGAUGAAAAAAUUAAAGAGCAAUUUGAAAAUCCGGAUGAUGAAAAUUUAAAAGAAUUAAAAGAUACAUAUGAACAAUUCCAACUUUUUAAUGAUAAUAUAAUAAAAUAUAUUGAAGAAGAUCAACCAUUAUAUAAUAUUAAUGAUAAUAGUAAUAUUAAUGAUAAUAAUAAUAAUAUUAAUACAAUGAAAAAUAAACACAAAAUAAAAGAUACAUAUAAUGAUGAUGAUGAUUAUGAUUAUGAAAAAGAAGAAGAUCUAGUUAUUCAGAAAAAUAUAGAUGAUUAUAUUUAUAAAAAUACAAUAGGAAUGAAUAAAAGCCUCGAAGAAUUUAAAAAUCAGUUUAUUGAACAGGCAGAUAUCGAAUUUCAAAAUUUCCUGAGUAACGUUAAUCUAGAUCAGCAUGGAAGAGUGAAAAGUAAUGAUGAGAAUACAAAAAGUACAGAACAUAUAAAAAAUAAAAAUACUAUAAAUAAAGGUUAUGAUACAGAAUUAAUACAAAAUCAAAUGGAAAAUAAUUUUAUAAAAAAAAAUAUUGAUAAUAAUAUAUCAAAUGAUAUAUCUAAUAAUGAAAUAAAUAUUAUCAAAUUAAAAAAAUUAAAUCAAAGCGAUGAAGAUAUUAAUUUAACAAGUGAUUUAAUAUAUGAAAGGUUAAGAACCAAAGUUUUAUGGUAUAUACAAAAAAUUGAAUAUCUUAAAUUUAAAUAUCAAUAUGAUAUUAUUAAUGAACAAUAUCCAAUUAUUAAAAAUGAAAAAACGGUAUUAGAUCUUUUAAAUUAUGGAUAUAAAAUAGUUAUGUCACCAGAUGUUGAUAAUUCGUUAUUUGAAAAAACAAAAAUAGAUUCAAUUCCUAAUGAGAAGGACAAAAAUAAUCAAAUGGAAAAUCAAAAAAACAAGAAAUAUUUUUACUUCAAGUGCAGAGAUUGUGAUUAUCACUUAUUCAACACAAGUGAUAAAGAGGUUUCAGAAAAAAUAAGCGUAUGUCCACAAUGCAAAACGAAGGUUUGA